UCCUUUGGACGAGCAAGUUUUGUACAAUUAUAUUUAUGUUAAAUUAAGCUUAUAAUUUAUUAGUUGAGAAUUGAGUAUGAGCAUUCCAUGUAGUUUAUAAGAGAGCAGUUAACGCAACAUUAGCACGUUAAAAGAUGAACUGAUUGUGGACAACAUGGGAAGAGAAUAUAGUGGAACAAACUGUGAGUUGCCUAGGUAGUGGAAACAGUGGAUUUGUUAAGUUCUUUGUAAAUAAGAAGUUAGAAAACAAAUCUUGGGACAAUCCAGUGAUUGAAAUUGCAGAACUUGGCGGAAAUCAUCGAGAAGUAUUCAACAAUAUUGGUACAAUAUUUUAAAUAAUUAGUCGUUGAGCUAUAUUGCCCUGCAAUGUUUCAUUCCAUUGUUUCGCUUUAGUAUCACAAUAAACAAGAACCACUGUACUUCUGUUUAUCCAUGUGAAAAUUAAACUUGUUAUUUAACCAAAAUUGUGUGGCAUCAAAAAUGCAGAACUGCCAAAAAUUAUUCCGUGUUGUGCCUCUAAUUGGCAAUAACAGCCGCUGCAUUAGUACAACAACUCCUUUGGAUGGAAAAAGAAAUUUCCGCAAAUUCAUGGUACCCAACAAAAGAGGUACACGCAUUGUUAAGGAAACACAAAAAACAUUAGCAAAUCCUCCGGUGCCAAUAGAUAAGCGUGGUGUACGUGAUACCGGUAUAAAUAUUGAUGGGAAAUAUGUGGAGAUACCCGAAAGAAUACCAGAACUAAUAGUGCCGGACCUGACUGAUUGUAAACUAAAACCUUAUGUGUCAUACAAAUCACCAGAUGUAGUGCAAUCGGAAUUUACUAGUUUGGAUUUGUUCAAUGCGAUUUACUCCAAGAAAAUUAUUGAAGAUUUCAAGGAAGGAAAACUAAAUAAGGAUGGCAGUCCCGUGAAUCCCUCCAAUGAUGAACUGUUAACGGCAGAUGAAGCAUUGAUACGUGCACGUAAAACUGGUUCAGAUAUAUUCUAAUAAUUAUUUCAAUUUGUUUUAUUAUUUAAUGCAAUUAAGAAAUGUUUUCAAUGAUAAGAUAUGUUACAACUAUUCCUGAUAAUAUCUUUGCCGGUAAUUGAAUAGUUUGCGUAACCAUUUUUCUGCCUUCAGUUCAGCGUCGCCAAUGAACUGUAAUAUAUUAAAAGAAUUGCAAUAAAAGUUGUUUCUAAAAAUUUA